AUGGCGAACCAUAUGCCCCCAGACCUUGACUCAAAGUCAAACGUCGCCGAACUUCCCACUAUCAGCCAUGCAGAAAGCAAUCAAGUACACUCCAGAUUCAAGUCAGCCAAAAAUGCCGAUGGCGACACCGCCAUGGCGCUGUUUGAUGAUCCGGACGAGCUCCACGAGGAUGUCGAUCCAGUGGAAGCGAGAAAGCUGUUGUGGAAGAUUGAUUUCAUGAUCUUGCCCUACUUGGCUGUUUGUUAUGCGUUCUUCUAUAUUGACAAGACAACGUUGAGCUAUGCUGCUAUUUUCGGGAUUCAGGAAGAUCUCGAUCUACAUGGAACUCGGUAUAGCUGGCUGAGCAGUAUCUUCUAUUUUGGUUUCUUAGCAUGGGCAUUCCCUACCAACUUUCUGAUGCAGCGUCUUCCAAUCGGGAAAUACUUGGGCGCGAAUAUUUUCAUGUGGGGUGUCUUCCUCAUGAUCCAAGCUGCCUGCAAUAGUUUCGAAACCCUAGCCGUUCUUCGAGCCCUUGGUGGUGCCGCCGAGGCCUGUGCUGAUCCAGCUUUCAUGCUCAUCACAAGCAUGUGGUAUACCCGUCGUGAACAGCCAAUUCGUCUCGGUCUGUGGUAUACAGCAAAUGGUCUCGGUAUUGCAUUGGGUGGACUACUGGGCUACGGAAUUGGUCAUAUUCGUGGUGCACUACCGUCGUGGAAAUACGAGUUUCUCGUAAUUGGCGCCCUGUGCUCUACAUGGGGUAUUGUGAUGUUUAUCUUCCUCCCAGAUUCACCUGUCACGGCUCGCGGUCUUUCCAAAAGAGAGCGUCGCAUGGCUGUUGAGCGUUUGCGAGAAAAUCAGACUGGUGUCGAGAACAAACAUCUCAAGCCGUAUCAGAUUGUGGAGGCUUUUAUGGACUAUAAGCUCUACAUAUUCUUCAUUCUCGGGGCUGUUUGCAAUAUUCCCAACGGUGGUAUCUCGAACUUCGGUACCAUCAUCAUUAAAGGGUUCGGUUUCUCAACAUUGGUUACCACUCUCAUGCAGAUUCCGUACGGCGUUAUUAUUGCCCUCUCGAUCUUGACAUGCGUGUUUCUUAACGACCGCUACGAAAAUCGAAGAUGCGUGUUUGUCCUCAUCUUCCUGAUUCCUAACCUUGCCGGCUCCUUUGGUCUUCGCUUUGUUCCCGUCGAACACGGUGUGGGUCGUUUAAUCUGCUAUUACUUGACAGGCCCAUAUAACGCUGCAUUUGUACUCGUUCUGAGCAUGCAGAUGGCCAACACCGCUGGUCAUACCAAGAAAGUCGUCACCAACGCCGUGCUUUUCUUGGGAUACUGCACUGGAAACAUUGCCGGGCCAUUCUUCUACAAGACCGAUCAAUCACCUACAUACUCGCUUGGCAUCUGGUCUAUGAUUGUCUCGCACUUGAUUGAAGCUGUCUUGAUCAGCAUCCUUGGUCUAUUACUGCGCUGGGAAAAUCAAAAGCGCGAUCGUAUCCAAUCUCAGAUGGAGGGUGGUCUCGAGGGCAGAGAUCUGGAUGCGACUGCGUUCUUGGAUUUGACGGACCGGGAAAACCUGAACUUCCGAUAUAUCUAUUAA